AUGCUCUCUAGACUUGGAUGGACAGAGUUCGCAUUAUGGAUUCUCCUACCACUCUACCUACUAUACCUCAUACAAAGAUGGUUUGCACUAAGAGUUUCUGUUAAGAUACCUCCAUUAGGCUGGUCUAAGGUGCCUUACAUUGGACAUACUCUGUCCUUUCUUCGAGGAGGAGCUGAGCUGCAUUCAAUGUUUGAGCCAUAUCGCAAGACUACAACCCCUAUCCAUUUUAACAUAUGUGGAACCGACCUGUUUCUCAUAAAUUCACCAGAAAUUAUCAGGAAAAUUGCCAACAAACCUCACAUAUUCACAGAAGGUGCUCUACGAGGGGAUUUUGCUUUAAAGGUGCUUGAUCUCCCUAAGAGCGCCGCUCAAGUACUAGGCAACGACAACUCUGGAUCUGCUCUCCGGCCGUUACCUGGAAGCACUCUACCACCAGAGAGACGUAUCGUGAGAAUGCAGCAUGAAACGACAUUCAACCUAUUAACGUCUCCAUCCGGUAUACAUAUGUUUGUUCUUCAACAUACCAACUUCAUGGAGAAGUUGAUCCUUUCUACUGGGAUAGGAGAGCAAUGGGUCGAACUACCCGAUUUAUUUCAUUUUAUUCAAAACCUUACCUCUACAGCCAUGAUGAAUUCUCUCUGCGGUCCUCGACUCGUUGGAAUGAACCCCGAAUUCGUCGACGAAUUCUGGACUUUUGAUCUCAACAUUCAUUACCUCAACCUAGGUAUUGCUCCCUUAUUCAGGGCUGAAGGUGUCAAGGCUCGUGACAGAUGCAUCAAAGCUCUCAUAGAGUGGAAGAAAAACGCCAUCCAGGACUCAGCAGAUAAAGAAUACCCUGAAUCAUUGCUCUGGGAUGAAAUUUGGGGGUUCAAGAUCAUGCGGGAUAGAGAUGAUAUGUAUAGUCGUUUCCCCGAAUACUGUAAUGACCAGGCUCGCGCAGGUGCUGAUCUAGGCAUCCUUUGGGCAUGCAACGAUAAUCUCAUUCCUGUCGGCUUUUGGCUGGUCCAAAGAAUUCUCAACUCUCCUAACUUACAGGAUCGUUUCAUGAAAGAAUUUGAUAAUGCAAGGCUGCCCUCACAACCAGGAGACAUUCUCCCUCGUUUCAAUACACAUAUUCUGGCAAAGACCCCUUUUCUUCAGUCUACAUAUCAUGAAGUCCUACGGACUCAAGUAACCAGUUUCACAGCACGCACCGUUCGUCAAGACUUCCAAAUAGGAGAAUAUAUGUUUCCUAAGGGUUCCGUCACCCUUUCAUCAUCUUGGGGUGUCCACAAUAACCCGGGUCUCUGGGAAUCUCGGCCUGGUGCACAGGAACAUCCUGUGGAAAAGUUUUGGCCGGAACGAUUCCUUGUUUGUCCGUAUGAGAGGGCGGCAAGGGAAGGAAGGUCUGUCCCUGAAUCCGGAAAAGAGCCAGAAUUUUCAUUGAAGGGACUAGAUGGCACGUUCUUCCCGUUUGGAAUGGGCCACAAUGCGUGCCCAGGCCGUCAUUUUGCUACCCAUGCAAUCCUCAAUAUAGCGGCUACAAUCCUGUCUGUUUUCGACUUUGAGCCCAUUGAUACCUGGGCAGGUGGGGGCAUGGACUACACAACAUUCGGGUAUACACCUGCUAGGCCGUUAAAGAAGAUACCCUUUAGAACACGACGAAAGAUACUCCCAGUGGCAGUAGAAGAUAGAUGUCGUUGUUAG